AUGAAGUACAUAAUCGAUUGUCUAUCGAUAGCAGACUAUCGAUAUGCAACACUCACUCUCACCACCCACACCGGUUUGUUUUGCAAUUUGCAUUGUGUUGUGUGUUCUAAGUGCGUUCUAUUAAAGAUGGCAGAGAAAAAAAAGGAGGGAGAACCAGAAGUAGAAGAUGAGUUUUCUGUUGAAAAGGUUUUAGAUCGAAGAGUGAGAAAUGGAAAGGUUGAAUAUUUUUUAAAGUGGAAAGGAUACAACGAUGAAGACAACACAUGGGAGCCAGAAGAGAACCUUGACUGCCCUGACCUUAUACAAGCCUUUGAGGAAGCUAGAAAAAAGAAGGAAGCAGAGGGAAAGGUUAAUAAAAUUGACAAAGACCCCAAAAAACGCAAGAACUCUGCUGCAACACCAGACUUAAAGGGGGCAAAGAAAACAAAAACUGAUGAUAAAAAAGCCUCUGGUUUUGAUAGAGGUCUUGAACCUGAAAAGAUUAUUGGUGCAACAGAUAGCAGUGGUGAGCUGAUGUUCUUAAUGAAGUGGCAAAGUACAGAUGAGGCAGACUUAGUACCUGCCAAACAAGCAAAUGUGCGCUGUCCACAAGUUGUCAUACAAUUCUAUGAAGAGCGGCUUACAUGGCACACACCCACUUCAGAUGAAACAAAUAAUGAGGAC